GCGCAGUACACAUCAUGUCGUCUGCUAGCUGACUUCAGUUCUUGCCCCCCUCCCCCCAACGUUAAGUUGUUUUCACAACUUUCCAACGUCAAACAAGGAGCGCUGGUCUGUCAUGCAGAAGAGGCUGGUACAACUCAACAUGUCCAUGUUCGACCCACACAUGCUGUCCAACCAGACUACAAGGUUUACAAGGAGGUUGGGGAGACCCACAACGCACCAGGGCAUCACGCGGAUGAACAUGACGUUUGCGGGGUGCGGUUUCCUGGGAAUCUACCAUCUGGGCGUGACGUCCUGCCUCCUGAAGCACGGCCAGGCGCUGCUCAGUCAGGUCACCUGCUUCGCGGGGGCGUCGGCGGGGUCACUGGCAGCUGCCAUGAUGGUUCUGGGGAGGGACAGGCUACAGUACUCUCUAGACUUCACUUACGGUGUGGCAGCAGAGAUCAGGGAUCUCCCUCUGGGAGCCUUCAAUCCAAGGUUUAAUAUGCUGGAGAAACUCAGGCAUUUCCUUGAGGAAAUGUUGCCUAGCAACGCUCAUGAGCUGGCCAAUCACAGACUGCACAUAGCAGUGACAAGAGUGAGGGACUCCAGGGGCGAAAUCAUCUCCACAUUCAACAGCAGAGAAGAGCUGAUUCUGAUUCUUCUGGGAAGCUGUUUUAUUCCCUACUAUUGUGGCAGGGAUUAUCCUGUUUUCAGAGGAGAGAAGUGGCUGGAUGGAGGAUGGACGGACAACCUCCCCAGACCCCAGUUUGGAGGCCCCACCAUCACGGUGUCCCCCUUCUCAGGCAACCACGACAUCUGUCCACAGGACAAUCCCGGACGCAACUGGCACUUACACGUCGCCAACCAGUCCCUGAGGGUCAACCCUGCAAACACACGGCGCGGCAUACACGCGCUCAAACCACCUAAACAGGAGGUCUUGGAGGAAUACUACACAAGAGGAUUCCAGGAUAUGGAGAAUUAUCUUAAGGAGAAAGGAUAUUUCGAUGUGGAAGCUCAGAAUGGACUGUAUGUUGAGAGAGAGACUACAGUAUAGCUGACAGUGCAAUCCCCAGAAAGUGUACAAAAGUGGUCAGAGUAAUGCUGCUGUCAUGCUCAAAGUUUUGAUACUGCUGAAGUCUAACAUUGGUGUCGACUGCCAUGGUGAUUUCACUGUUAUUAUGUGUAGCCCAAAGAGGGCGAAUGAUAAAUGGUGACUACUGGUCAAUGUGCACUUAGGUAGCAUAUACUAAUGUAGACUUGGGUGGCAUCAAUGCCAAAAUGCUAGACAAAUUCAGCAACAAUGCAGCAACAAUCCAGCAUCAAUACAGCAACAAUAUCACUACUUUUUCUAGGAGUUUACACAGUCUACAACUGUCAUGCUGCCAUUUUUAUAUGUGUGUCAAUGGUCUCUACAAAUUUUAUGAGAACCGUUUGAAAUGGAUGGUGGUACAAUCUGUAUACUAUUAUAGAUAUCUAUGUUUACCUUUACAGAAGGAAAACAUGUUGUUUUUGCUCUGUUUCUUCUUCUUCUCCAAACACACAAUAACCUGGAUCAGAUGUGUCACCAUGGUAACUGGUGUGGUAGCAGACACCCCAUGGCGUUGGAUUACAUCACAUAACAUAACAUAACAGGACAGAGGGGCUGGUCAUCAUAUACAUGUGUAUAUGAAUGUGUGAGUAAGAAUAAACAGAGCAGUAGUUUUAGUUUAUUAGGCUAGACUACAUGAAGGUAAACAUCAUUACAUUUCUAGUUUUGUGUUUUCUGAGAGUUUAUUUGAUACAACCCUUUACACUGCCAAACAUUGUACUGUCUCUUGUCUUUGCAAAAUCAGUGUAUUUGUAAGACCAAAAUUGUGUGCAGAGGUGUCCAACCUCUGCGUUGUCUUGGUUAGAACUGAUAAUUGAACACAAUGGCUUUGGGAACUGAUUCUGUACCUUUGUCCAAGUGAUGUUAAACUUUCUACCUCAUUAUUGACAAAAAUUCUGCUAGUACUACAGUGUAGUAUAAGAACCAAAGCUGUCAAUAUUUAACAAACACACUGUACAUAGUAAUAAAUCUUGGGAUCAACAACAAACUUCUUGAGUUAUGAUGUACUUAUAGUGUAUAUUUACACGUGAAAUUUGUAGUGACAGCAUCAUAAAUGAUAGGGGUGAAAGAGGAAUGAGAUCCUGAAUUGUGCCAGAAGCUUUCACAAUUUUAUACUGUCUUUCAGCUAGGAAAAACCUUUUGAUAGUAAGAACAGAAUUCAUUCUGGUGUAGAUAAAAGAUAUGUUAUGAUUUUAUGAGUUGUACUGAAGGCAUUUGUAUCUGAUUCUGUAUUGUUACAAGAGCUUGCUUGAUGAGUGCCUAGUAUAUACUGUAUAAUGCCCCUUUCUUGUCUUCCAUUUGUUAUUCAAUGGUGAACUUAU